UGAAAGAAUGACUGUGUUCUCCGUCCUGCCCAGAGUCGCAAAUCAUGCUGUUUGUCUGGGAGGAAAACAAAGCUUGAGACCCAAGAUGAAGGCAGAGACGGAAGCUCCUUCUAAGGCUAAAAUAAUUUCUCAGAUUUUAUUGCUCGUGUGUCUCGGUUCCUUCAAUUCAGGUGGGGUGCUGGCAGUGAACAUGACUAUACCCAACACUCUCAUUAGAGGCGCAAUGGGAGGGGAGGCCCUGCUGUCUGUUCGCUACAACAGCUUCAGCCUUGACCUGCCGGUCAUCAAGUGGCAGCUCAAGAGGGAAAAGUCUGUCACUGUUGUCCAGUCGAUUGGAACUGACAUCAUCGGGACCCUGAGGCCUGAGUAUCGUGACCGCAUCCUGGUAUUUGAGAACGGUACUCUCCUCCUGCACAACCUCAGACUCUCUGAUGACGGAACUUAUGACGUGGAGAUCUCCAUAACAGAUGACACCUUUACAGGAGAGGGCAGCAUCACGCUCACUGUGGACGAGUCUAUAUCCAGGCCCUAUAUCCACAUGGAGUCGACAUCAGUACUGGAGCUCAGCGAAAACGUCAUCCUCAACUGCUCCCAUGACAAUGGAACCAGGACUACAUACAGGUGGUUCAAAGGUGGAAAGCCACUGACCAAUAUGACGAGAUUCGUGUUGUCACCUGACCAGAAGCUCCUGACCAUCACACGGGUGUUGAUGGUAGAUGAUGACACGUACAGCUGCACAGUGGAGAAUCCUGUGGGCAACAUGACGAGCUUGCCAAUCAGACUGACGGUCUACAGAAGAAGUUCCCUCUACAUCAUCCUCUCCACUGGAGGCAUCUUCCUCCUCAUCACCUUGGUAACGAUAUGUGCCUGCUGGACACCUUCCAAAAAGCAAAGACAUCAAGCUAGAAAGCCUCUCUCCAGGUUUUAUGACCACUCUGAUCACUCACCAAUCAGUCUUACAGAUGGUGUACUCCCAAAAAUGACAGAGCAUAACGGAAUAAAUGCUGUAACUUCACUUUACAUCCUGCAGCAAAAGGAUCCGUCCAUGGAUGACUCUUCCAGCAACAGUAUUGGAUCUCCCUCUGAACUUGACAACCCGCCGAGCUACACCAGUUCCCCCAAAUACACCAGUCCUCAUGCCCAGUCUAAUGGGUCCCCUGCCCACUCCUGUCACAGGUAUACCUGAAGGCCCAUCGUGCUUAAGUCUCCACAUCGCACCAUGUGAGACAUCAGAGUGUCCAGCUGACUCUGGACGGCAACUUUCUGCACAUCCGCCCGGAGUUUGGGAAAUAUAUCAAAACGGUUUCCUGGGGUUUUACAAUAAUGUUAUUACUGCCUGUUGAUGUGUUUUAUGUAAAAGUAAACUGGAACUUGAGCCGAAGUUGCGUUUAAGGUUAGAGGCACAGUCUGUGAAGGAAUAUGGUGACAGUGUGACAUUAGGGAAGUUUUUAAAGAGCUCUGAAGCCUGUCUUUGGAUUUACAAUUAACUACCAUUGUUGUUAGUUACGGGAACUACAAAAUUUGGGGAAUGGCACAGAGUCUGCAUGAAGCUGAGGUGAAGUCGGUGUAAACUGUCAUGUGAUGAAGAUACUUCUCUGUAUGCUUUAUUGUGAAUUCAAAAUCACAACCAUAUAAGACAGUUUGUCAUUAAUGCUAAAAAAAAAAAAUUAAGGAUAAAGUUGGAAAAAAAUCACCCUUAGAAUGUUCCUCUUUUACUCCUUUUGAGUGUUGUGUGUGAUUUUUUCUGUAGUGUUGUUGAAAAGAAAAACACACGUUUGUAAUAUUUUGUGAAAUAAUGUAAAUUACUAUUUUAGUUAUACUAGAUGAUUUAAUAGCACUUUCAGUGAGACGACAGAAGAAGCCAUGUUGGUGAAGGGG